UGCUCCAUGUCCUUAAACUGCACGGCGCUGAGAUAUUUCAACUGCCAAGUUAUCUCAGUAAUAGAAACCGUAUCACGCGUAUGGCUCAGCUUCCUUUUUGUUUUCCACCGCCUUCAGAGCCGCUUGGAUGAAACUGAACCGACACCGCCUUCAUAACGUAAGCAGUGUAAGACUGGAAACAUCUGGGCUGGAUGGACUUUAGCAUCAAAAGAAGUUCUCAACUUUUAACUCGAAAAAUUAACUACUUAAAAAUGAAGCAAGUACCAGAGAUCCUUGGAAAUACCAAUGGGAAGACUCAGAAUUGUGAAGUGAAUCGUGAGUGUUCUGUCUACCUGGGCAAAGCACAACUUUCUGCCACUCUGCAGGAAGGUGUCAUGCAAAAAUAUAAUGGCCAUGAUGCUCUUCCAUUCAUCCCAGCUGAUAAGUUGAAAGAUCUGACUUCUCGUGUGUUCAAUGGUGAAUCUGGGGCCCAGGAUGCCAAGCUGCGCUUUGAACCCCAGGAAAUAAAAGGAGUUGGAACACCACCAAACACUACUCCUAUCAAGAAUGGUUCUCCAGAAAUCAAGCUGAAAAUCACUAAAACCUACAUGAAUGGAAAACCUCUGUUUGAAUCUUCCAUUUGUGGAGACAAUGGUGCAGAUGUGUCACAGUCAGAGGAAAAUGAACAAAAACCAACAAACAAGGAGAGGAGGAACAGAAAAAGAAGCAUAAAAUAUGACUCCUUACUUGAGCAGGGUCUUGUUGAAGCAGCGUUGGUGUCAAAGACUUCAAGCUCCCCUGAAAAUAAGGCUCCUGCUAAGAGAGAUUCAACACAGAGUACCAUCAGAGAUGACAAAGUCCAUCUGUUGAAGUACAAUAUAGGAGAUCUAGUGUGGUCAAAAGUAUCGGGUUUUCCUUGGUGGCCAUGUAUGGUUUCUGCUGAUCCUAUUCUUCAUUCCUACACUAAACUAAAAGGACAGAAAAAGAGUUUUCGUCAGUAUCAUGUUCAGUUUUUUGGAGAUGCUCCAGAACGAGCCUGGAUAUUUGAGAAGAGCCUUGUGCCUUUCAAAGGAAAAGAUCAGUUUGAACAAUUAUGCCAGGAAAGUGCAAAACAAGCCCUCACUAAAGCAGAGAAAAUAAAGAUGUUAAAACCUGUUUCAGGGAAGCUGCGACCACAGUGGGAGAUGGGUGUUAAGCAAGCAAGUGAAGCAGUAGGCAUGACAGUGGAAGAACGGAAGGCCAAAUACACCUUCAUCUACAUUAGGGACAGACCUCAUCUUAAUCCUCAAGUGGCAAAGGAAGUUGGCAUUGCUGUGGAGCUUUUAGAGGAGGAGGUAGAUGAGUCAUCCUACUCAAAUGAAGAAACCACUGAAAGUCUGAAAUCAGUGAAGGAGUCUGGCAUUCCUAACAAGAGGAGGAGAAGGACAUCAAAAUUGUCUGCCACUGAUGAUGCGCAAGAUAGCAGUCAGUUGGAGACUAAGAAUACUACUCCUCAAAAGUCAUCUGAACAGGCUGAAUCCAAAAGAGGGAUAGGCUCCCCUCUCAGUAGAAAGAAAACUCCAGCCUCUACUCCACGAAGCAGAAAGGGCGAUGCAGUAUCUCAGUUUUUGGUCUUUUGUCAGAAGCACAGAGAUGAGGUGGUUGCUGAACAUCCCGAUGCAUCAAGUGAGGAGAUUGAAGAGUUGCUUGAAUCGCAGUGGAACAUGCUUAGUGAAAAACAGAAAGCUCGCUAUAACACAAAGUUUGCCAUAGUGACCUCUCCCAAAUCUGAAGAAGACUCUGGUUCAUCAUUGAAGAAUAUUGGAGAGGCCAAACGUAAAGUGUUUCAAGACUCACCUAAAAGGAGAUCAAGAUCCAGAAGUAACUUACAUGGAAAUAAAAGAAACCAAAAAAAGAGGACAAAGGAACCUACAGAAGAUUUUGAAGUUCAGGAGGCACCUAGGAAAAGACUCAGGAUGGAUAAACAGAAUAAUCGGAAGAGGGAGACAAGCAAUGACAAAACACCAAAAACAAACUCUACUAAGGUCACAGAAACCUCCUCUUCACAAAAGAACCAGUCAGCAACGAAAAAUCUGUCUGAUGCAUGUAAACCUCUGAAGAAGCGAAAUCGGGCUUCAGCAGCAGAAUCUUCAACUCUUGCUUUUAGCAAAAGUUCAUCUCCUUCAGCUUCCUUAACUGAGAAUGAGAUCUUCGAUGGCCCAGGAGAUGAGCGCUCAGAGUCUCCCUAUGAAAGUGCUGAUGAAACUCAGACUGAAGUGUCUAUAUCAUCCAAAAAAUCUGAGCGAGGAACGGGAACAAAAAAAGAAUAUGUGUGUCAGCUAUGUGAAAAAACAGGUGAUCUCCUGCUGUGUGAAGGACUUUGCUAUCGAGCUUUUCACGUGAGCUGCCUUGGGCUCUCUGGAAGACCAGCAGGAAAAUUCGUUUGUAGUGAAUGUACAUCAGGUGUGCAUACCUGCUUUGUGUGUAAAGAGAGGAAGGCAGAUCUGAAGCGCUGUGUUGUAUCCCACUGUGGAAAAUUCUACCAUGAAGCCUGUGUGAAAAAAUUCCAUCUUACCGUGUUUGAGAACAGGGGUUUUCGAUGUCCUCUGCACAGCUGCCUCAGUUGUCAUGUUAGUAACCCCUCCCAUCCACGAAUUUCAAAAGGAAAGAUGAUGCGCUGUGUUCGCUGUCCUGUUGCAUACCAUGCUGGAGACGUGUGCAUUGCUGCGGGAUGUGCAGUCAUCGCUUCCAACAGCAUUGUUUGUACGAAUCAUUUCACUGCCAUGAAAGGAAAAAGUCAUCACGCGCAUGUCAAUGUGAGCUGGUGCUUUGUGUGUUCCAAAGGAGGAAGCUUGUUGUGCUGCGAGUCGUGUCCUGCAGCAUUUCACCCGGACUGUUUAAACAUCGAAAUGCCAGAUGGGAGCUGGUACUGCAAUGACUGCAGGGCAGGGAAGAAACUCCAUUUCCAGGAUAUUAUUUGGGUUAAACUGGGAAAUUACAGAUGGUGGCCUGCAGAAGUUUGCCAUCCGAAAAAUGUUCCCCCAAAUAUCCAGAAAAUGAAGCAUGAAAUUGGAGAAUUUCCUGUAUUUUUCUUUGGUUCUAAGGAUUACUUUUGGACACAUCAAGCACGGGUGUUCCCUUAUAUGGAGGGAGACAGAGGGAGUAGAUACCGGGGGAUUAAAGGAAUUGGAAAAGUCUUCAAAAAUGCUUUGCAAGAAGCUGAAGCUCGAUUUCGAGAAAUAAAGCUACAGCGAGAAGCCAAAGAAACCCAAGAAAGUGAACGUAGACCUCCACCAUACAAGCAUAUUAAGGUGAAUAAACCUUGUGGUAAAGUGCAGAUAUAUACUGCUGACAUUUCUGAGAUUCCCAAGUGCAACUGCAAACCCACAGAUGAAAACCCUUGUGGCUUUGAUUCUGAGUGCCUCAAUCGGAUGUUGAUGUAUGAAUGUCAUCCACAAGUUUGUCCAGCAGGAGAACGAUGCCAAAACCAGUGCUUUACAAAACGUGAAUACCCUGAGACAGAGAUCAUCAAAACAGAUGGGAAAGGAUGGGGUUUGGUUGCAAAGAGGGACAUUAAAAAGGGAGAGUUUGUGAAUGAGUAUGUUGGUGAGCUCAUUGAUGAAGAAGAAUGUAUGGCAAGAAUCAAAUAUGCACAUGAAAACGACAUUACUCACUUCUAUAUGCUUACUAUUGAUAAGGACCGUAUUAUUGAUGCUGGCCCCAAAGGGAACUAUUCUCGUUUUAUGAAUCACAGCUGCCAACCAAAUUGUGAAACUCUGAAAUGGACGGUAAAUGGAGAUACUCGUGUUGGCCUGUUUGCUGUGUGUGAUAUUCCUGCAGGGACAGAGCUGACUUUCAAUUACAACCUUGACUGUCUGGGCAAUGAAAAAACAGUCUGCAAAUGUGGUGCCCCAAACUGCAGUGGAUUUCUUGGGGACAGACCAAAGAAUUCUUCCACUAAUGCCUCAGAAGAAAAAGGCAAAAAGACCAAAAAGAGAACACGGAGGCGUAGAAUGAAAAAUGAAGGGAAGAAAGAAUCUGAAGAUGAUUGUUUUCGUUGUGGUGAUGGAGGCCAGCUGGUGUUGUGUGACAGGAAAUCUUGUACUAAAGCCUAUCAUCUCUCCUGUCUUGGUUUAGUGAAACGUCCUUUUGGGAAGUGGGAGUGUCCUUGGCACCACUGUGAUGUUUGUGGCAAACCUUCUGUUUCAUUCUGCCACUUCUGCCCAAAUUCUUUUUGCAAGGAACACCAAGAUGGGACAGUACUAAAUUCUACAUUGAAUGGACAGUUAUGCUGCUCUGAACAUGUUCUCGGGGUGGAUUCUGUUGAAACUCAGAAGACUGAGAAACCCCGCAAAAAACUGAACAAGUUGAAGCCUAAGAGAAAGGAGAGGAGCAGAUGGAUGAGAGCCGAAUGCAAAUAGUCAUGGACUGCAGUUACUACUGCCAACACUAUCUUGUAGAUAAGUUGUGAAUAUUACCAGGGAAGGACACAAUUUUACAUAUAUUCUGUAAAG